GGCGAUUUCUUCGGCCGCGGAUGCAGUGAGCGAGUGAGCGUACUGCUCGCUCACUACCAGAUACACGAUCGAUAGCUACUAUUGCGGUCUGUUCCUACCAUUGCAGGAGUUUGCUCCCCGUCUCUCCCUGAGGUUGAGUGCGGGUCGGGCUGUGUGGUGGUGAUGUGUGUGUGCUGCUUUCCCUGUCCUUGCUCUCCUUCUCUCUUUCCCUCGCUUCUCCUUCUCCCUCUCCCUCUCUCUCUUCGAUUGGCUUGAUUUCUUUCGUGCACGCCACUGGCUCAUUCCCCGUCGUGCUUGCGUCCGUCGGACGUCCGCGCUUGGUCGUUGUUUUCACCAGAGAGCUUUCAACGAAGAUUUAGCCGAUUGACGGACGUUACGUCCCUACAGCGGGCUGAGACGGGGCUUGUGUAGGACGCGGUGGUCCCCACUACGGCCGUUAAACGUCAGCAGGACGAAGGGGAGGUGGGAGCAGGGACGGGGGCCAGGCAGGGACUAGCUAGAGAAGUCGGGUUGGUGGGGUGGGGAGGGGUGGGGCACCCAUGCGCAUGUAGUAUCAUGCUGGGCUCCUGAUCCGUCUGAAAACAGGGGUAACGUUAUUGCUGUGAGAGGGAGGAGGCUAGGUGAGUGACUCGGGGGCACUGAGGCGUAUGCACGUGGCACGCUCACAGUACGGCACAGCACAGAACGGAUUGGCGCUUGACCGCAGCUGUGAACGUGUGGUGUUCUUUAGUCCGACCGGUUGCACGUCCACCUGCGCUUGUUCCCAUUUACGUCGACUUGCUGCCUUUACUUCGUCCUCCUCCGUCUCUCGAAUUCUCUUUAUGUGUCUUGUUUUUGGCCCCAACUGCAGGUUCUUCAUCUUCCCCGACCGGUCGCCCACAAUUCUGUCCACCCGUAAGCAUAAAGGCACAGACACUCGCAGACAGAGACGCAGGCACACAAACGUACAGAGACACACGUGCACACGUGCACACGAACUUAUACACAAAUACACACAUACACGCAUACACAUACACGUACACGUACAUACAGGAGAAGACACGCACGCAUACACACAGACACACACACAGAGAGAGAGAGAGAGAGAGAGAGAGAGAGAGAGAGAGAGAGAGAGAGAGAGAGAGAGAGAGAGAGAGAGNGAGAGAGAGAGAGAGAGAGAGAGAGAGAGAGAGAGAGGAGGGGGGGGGGGGGAGAUGGCGUAAAGAUAUGGAAAGGAAGAUCGGUUGACGAAGUUGAUGCCUCUCCGCUCGAUUAGGGGGCGAGGAAUUUUAUGGAAACGCGAAGUCGAAAGCGGCCUGAGGGCACCAGCGGGACAGAAGGAGGGCCACUGACGAGGAGGAGAUUGUCUCGGUCAAGGCCGCCACCAGCAAACCCUACGCCUGCCGUACCUUCGAAGCGUGCACGACUUUCUGGUUCUGCUGCUGCUGCUGCUGCUGCUGCUGCCACUGCCGCAACGAAGCAGACAGGCGGCGGGACCCGACAAGCGACCAAGGCAUCAACAGGGGGAGGCGCAGGGGGGGGGGGGGGGGGGGGAGGAGGCGGGAACACGGCGUCGGCUGCUGCGGGUUGUCCUGGGGCCACCGUGGGCGCGGAACAAGAUCCCGCCACCCUGAAUAAUACCACCAAUCCCUCUGUUGUGGGAAAUAAGGCUGUGCUUGGCGGCGGGGGUCUAAUGGAGUCCGAAUCGGAUGGCGCGUCGCCGGCCGGGGAGAGGGAGAGAGAACGGGAGAAGGAUCGUUCGAGGGACCUUCGUGCCAGGGCCUCUGCUGUUGCGGCCUCCGGCGGAGCGGGAGCUGGCGGCGGUGACGAUGAGAACGACCCCGACGCCCUCCAUCAUAAUCUCACCUCUGCGAGCAGCGCUUUACACGGUCUUCUGCGUAAGCUGGGCGCAGGGCUCGACGACCUGUUGCCCUCGGCUUCUGCCAGCAUGCAGAACAGCCGCUUGAAAGGGAUCCUUGCCGGAUUGCGCGCCGAUGGAGAGGAGGGCAGGCAGCUAGAAUCGCUGUCUCAGCUCUGUGAACUUUUGUCAAUCGGCACGGAAGAUUCGCUGAGCACUUUCUCCGUCGACGCCUUUGUUCCGGUGCUUGUCGGGCUGUUGAAUUGCGAGUACAAUCCGGACAUCAUGUUGUUGGCAGCGCGGGCUCUCACGCACCUAACGGACGUCUUGCCCUCGUCCUGUGCGGCCGUAGUGCAUUAUGGCGCCGUGCCUUGUUUCUGCGCCAGGCUACUAACCAUUGAAUACAUCGAUCUCGCCGAACAGUCUCUGCAAGCUUUGGAGAAGAUAUCACAUGAGCAUCCAACUGCAGUCCUUCGCGCUGGUGGACUAAUGGCUGUUUUGUCGUACCUGGAUUUCUUCUCUACAGGUGUGCAGAGAGUGGCAGUCUCCACUGCGGCCAAUAUAUGUCGUCAGCUGCCUUCAGACUGCAGCGAUCUUGUUUUGGAGGUUGUCCCUAUUCUAACUAAUCUUCUCCAGUACCAAGAUGCAAAGGUUGUUGAGUACGCCUGUGUUUGUCUCACGCGUCUCGCAGAAGCUUUUGCAUCGUCGCCAGACCGGCUGGAUGUCCUCUGUUCUCAUGGACUUAUACCUCAAGCUGUCCGUUUAAUCUCUGCUCCCGGCAGUUCGGGGGGUAGUGCCCCUACUGCAACCUUAAGCUCAUCCACAUACACGGGCUUAGUACGGCUGCUGGCCACAUGUGCUGCAGGCUCUGCAGCAGUAGCGGAAAGUCUGCUUCAGUCAGGAAUCAGUGGGAUCCUGCGGGAAAUCCUGGCUGGAACUGGCAUGGUUUCAAGCACACUUGUUCCGCCGUCCGCACUUAACCGCCCACCUGAGCAGUUGUACGAGAUUGUUUCACUGGUGAACGAGCUGCUGCCUUCAAUUCCUGACUCUGGAGGAGGCCAGCCAUCAACUGUCAAUCUGAUAACGACUUGCUCAUCUUCUAGGAGUUCAUCAAGGAGAAGAUCAAGCCGGAAUGCGGAGGCAGAUGUCGCAAAAGUGGAUGAAGAGAAGGGGGAGAAGGGGGAGGAUCCAGUGGGAGACAUGAGCACCAGCUCGCGGGAGAAGAUGUUGGCUGAGCAACCCAAGUUGCUGGAGCAGUUCGGUGUUGACCUCUUCCCUGUUCUUAUCCAGGUGUAUGGCUCUAGCGUGAAUCCACCUGUGCGGACAAAGUGCCUCAGUGCAAUAUGUAAGAUACUCCAUUUUAGCACACGGGAUAUGCUCCAGAAUCUCCUCAAUGAAUCAAAUGUCUCCAGCUUCCUUGCAGGUGUGCUGGGUUCAAAAGACUAUUCCGUGAUCAACACUGCACUGCAGAUUGCUGAGAUGCUCAUGCAAAAGCUGCCAGAGAUCUUCAGCAAGCAGUUCCUUAAAGAGGGUGUUGUACAUGCGUUGGAUGUGCUGAUUGGAUCUGAUCAGCCUGUCUGUUCUGCGUCACUAGGCGGAGCUCCUGCUGCUGUUACCGAGCAAGUAACUGCAGCUCCACUGCCUCGUCCACGGCGUGGGGGCCGUGGGAGCCGUCGAGGUUUGUUGAACGGGGAGGCAACUCCUGAAGAGCCUGCUCCAUCACUGUUGCCAAUUGGAUCACCGCCGCCACCUGUAGCAGGUGGAGAGGCUAUCUUACGAGGUGCACGAUCCGGGCUGCGCUGUGCUGUCCUAGCUAGGGCAAAGAAACUGAAAGAAACCCAUUUUACAAAGGAAGCUGGACUGGCCGAUGCUGGUUUGACACACAGCCUCUGCAAGCUAAAGGAGCUCUGUGCCAGGAUAACUGGGGAGACGGUAGUAGAUCAGAAGGUAAGGGGAAAGGGCAAAGGUAAGGCUCCUAUCAAUGGGCUGUCGGCACCGAGAAAUGACGAGGCGGACUUGGCAACAGCGAAGGAGAUUUUGGGUGUGCUGAAUGAAGGGGAGGGGGUAUCAACGUUUGAGUUUGUAGGCAGUGGGGUUGUCGGUGCACUGCUGAAGUUCAUUACAUGUGGCGGUCCAGGCCAUGAUGAUUUGGAUGAAGCCAGCCGCAGUCAUAGAAGGGAGAGGAUGGUUGAGAGACUGAAGCAGUUUGUGGCCAUCGCCCUGCCAACGGCAUGUAACUCCAGUGGGAAAGAACAGAAAGAGGUACCUAUGGCAAUUCUUGUGAAAAAGUUACAAUGUGCGUUGUCAUCACUAGAGCGCUUUCCUGUGUUGGUAAGCCACACUCCAAGGUCAAGUGCAGGAGGGGGAGGGAGCGUCACAGCAGGGCUGAAUGCCUUGACUCAGCCUUUCAAACUACGUCUCUGCCGUGCAUCUCAUGAUAAAGUACUGCGGGAUUACUCUAGCAACAUUGUCUUGAUUGAGCCUCUGGCAACGCUUGCUGCUGUUGAAGAUUUUCUGUGGCAGAGAGUCAAAAGGCACGAAACUGGGAGUGGGAGUGGUAUCCAUCCUCCAGCUGCAGCAGCGGCUUCCUCGGGGGUUACUGCUUCUGGUGCGGGACUAGGUGCCACCACACCACCACCUGCAGUCCCUUCGUCCGUCACUUCUGGUCCAGGAGGGAUGCCUCCUGCUUUGACUCCCCUCCGUCCAGCGACCAGAUCAAGGGCGGUUUCUGCUGCUGCAGCUGCGGCUGCUUCUGCGGGAGAGGGUGCGAAAGUCUCUGGGGAUGGGAAUGGUGGGUCCUCAAGUGGGGUCGCAGCCACAGGCAAUGACCGAGGAGGCAGGGGAAAAGACAAGGUGGUUGCACAGCCGUCUGGGCCAGAAACACGAGGGGCAAGACGGCGAGCUGAACUGGCAGCCAGAAAGGGUGAAGCCGAUAGUGAUGUUCCCAUGGAGAGCGAGGAGGAGGCAGAGAUGCCAUCUACAGAUUAUACAGAGGCUGUUGCAAUGGAUGAAGAUGAACCAUCGGAGGAUGAGGUUGAGGAUGAUGAUGAGGAUGACGACCAGGAUGACGAGAAUGAUGAGGAUGAUGACCUUGAUGACGACGAAGAUGAGGAAGAGGUCUUUGGUGGGGAGCAUGCACAUCCCUGUGGGGGCGAUCGUGUCCACGAUGUGAGACUGGGAGAAGGUAAUGACAGUAGCGUUGCAGGGGGUGCUGUGCUCUCAGGGAGUGGACAUGAAGGGAGCAAUGUUCCUGGUGCCAGCUCAACAGUUGGCACAUCAUCUUCCAGUGGAGAAGGGGCUGGAGGAGCACCUAGUGUUGGUGGGACAGGAGCUGGAUCACUGGGAGGGGCACACGCAAUGACAUUUGCUGCAGCAGCUGGGGCAAUGGCAAGCGGGAGUGUAGCCCGGAGUGCCAGAGAGCGGAGGUCCAUGGCGGCUGCGAUCUCAGCUUCCAUGCCGCCAAAGCUCAUCUUCUCCAUGAAUGGCAGGCAGCUUGACAGACAAAUGACCAUCUUCCAGGCAAUUCAGAGGCAAGCUGUUGCUGAAGAUGAUGACGACGAGAGAUUUGGAUCAGACUUAAGUGGGGUUGGUCGUCGUCUAUGGGAUGAGGUGUACACAAUAACCUAUCGACGAGCAGACACGGAUGGAGAGGGGGCUGGAGCAUCGAGCGCGGCAGCUGCUGGCGUUACACAAAUAGGAUCAGCUAAUGGAACGCUAGGAGGGUCAUCCCCAAAGAGCAUACAGGCUUCAGAGAGUUCCUGGCAGCAAACGUCUCUGUUGGAGUCUCUUCUAAAAAGUGGACUGCCUUGUGACCUAGAGAGGACAAACCCAACAUAUGACAUUUUGCUUCUGCUUCGCGUCCUCGAGGGAAUGAACCGUUUGGUACGCCGGUUCCGUUCAGAGGCUGCGUCUGAUGCGGUGGCAGAAGGCAGGGCGUCGAGUGUUGCGGAGGUGGAUGCAAAUGGCACAGUGGUUCCUCAAGAAGACUUCAUCAGUAGUAAACUGACUCCUAAGCUGGCCCGGCAGAUGCAGGAUGCCCUUAUGUUGUGCAGCGGAGGGUUGCCGCCAUGGUGCCAUCAGCUCACAAGAGCUUGUCCGUUCCUUUUUCCUUUUGAGACAAGACGCCAGUAUUUCUAUUCCACGGCCUUCGGGUUAUCAAGAGCACUGCAGCGGUUACAACAGCAGCAGAAUGCAGAGGGAGUAGGCCUUAGUAGUGAUAGGGAAGCCAGAGAACUGCGGGCAGGGCGACUGCAACGACAAAAGGUUAGAGUGUCCCGGCAGAGGAUUCUGGAAUCCGCUGUCAAGGUGAUGGACUUGUAUGCUUCUCAUAAGGCAGUCCUGGAGGUCGAGUACUUCGGUGAGGUUGGCACAGGAUUAGGACCAACACUAGAGUUUUAUACAUUGCUCAGUCAUGAGCUUCAGCGGCGAUCAUUGAUGCUUUGGAGGACGGAGAUUGAACAGCCGUCUGUGGAAGUGAAGGUAUCGGCAUCGGUGGAGGAAGAUGUGGAUAUGCGGGAUAUGGAUGAAGAGGAUGGGGCUGUAGUGUCUACAUCUGCUGCAGUCCACACAACACGGAAUGAGUCAACCGCUGAGGGUAGCGGGGUUCGAUCUCAGAGUGUGCAGAGGGACGAGCGGGCAAGGCAAGAGGAACAUGUGUAUGCUCCCCACGGGCUGUUUCCCAGGCCCUGGCCAGUGCCUGCACCAGAUGCAGCAGAAAACCCUGCAAGGAAGAAAGUGAUGGAGUAUUUCAAGCUUUUAGGGACGGUCAUGGCAAAAGCUCUUCAAGACGGCCGGUUGCUCGACCUCCCGUUCGCAAGGGCCUUCUAUAAGCUGGUUCUUGGGCAGGAACUGGACCUGUUUGACAUGAAGUCUUUCGAUCCUGAGCUUGGUCGCACAUUAGAAGAGAUGCAUGCAUUGAGUCGGCGAAGAAUUGUUUUGGAGGUUUCACCUGGAAACAGACAGGCAGAGAUUUCCAAUCUACGGUUGAUGGGGUCCAGAGUUGAGGACCUCUGCCUGGAUUUCACUCUUCCAGGUUAUCCAGACUAUGAGCUCAAACAAGGUGGCGCAUCCCAACUGGUGGAAUUGGCGAACUUGGAGGAAUAUGUAAAGCUUGUUGUCAAUGCUAGUGUGAAGGCGGGAAUCGCAGCGCAGCUGGAAGCAUUUCGAGCAGGCUUCAAUCAGGUCUUCUCCAUUUCGUCAUUGCAAGUGUUUAACGACGAAGAGCUUGACGCAUUGCUGUGCGGACGGCGAGAGAUGUGGAAUGCGGAGACUUUAGCAGAAAAUAUUAAAUUUGAUCAUGGGUACACUGCAAGCAGCCCUCCUAUUCGACAUCUGCUGGAAAUCAUGGGAGAAUUCACACCAGAGGAGCAGCGGGCCUUUUUACAGUUUGUAACUGGCGCCCCACGCCUUCCUCCGGGGGGGUUGGGUGCACUCACUCCAAGGCUCACGAUUGUGCGGAAGCAUCCAACUGGUAGUGCUGCUGCAGAGCAUGCUGCCAAUCUUGCCAGUGGUGGAACGGGAGUGUCGCUUGGCUCUACACCUCCAGGGUUGGCAUCAGCUCCGGGCACCACCCUCGCAGAUGGAGACCUCCCAAGCGUAAUGACGUGCGCAAACUACUUGAAGUUGCCUCCCUACUCCUGCAAGGGCAUUAUGCAUGAGAGGCUGAUGUAUGCCAUCCAUGAAGGUCAAGGAUCUUUUGAUCUGUCGUAAUUCGCUCUGUAAAGCCUUGUUGUUGUCAUCCUCCCUCUAUCAAGUGAUGGAUCACGUGGCACAUCCGUCAAUCGAAGAGCGAGAUUCUGUGCUGUUGGCGGCCAAGCAAGUUGCCUUAUUGAGUGGCGAAGGGUGUGCAUGCUCAUUUGAGAGGAGAAAAAGGUUGCGGCCGAACAAGUGGAAGUCAAAGAGGGCGAAGAAAGUUAAGAAGAUGAAGAUGGUGAAGAAGAAAAACAACGAAGAAAGAAGAGGCCAACGUAAAGUCCAUCCAGAUGAGCUGGCUGCCUCUUCCCGUCUCGGUCGUGCGCUGUGAAUGUUUAGGUCCACGAGGGUUCUCUCUUCCAUAAUUGCCCAUGCACUACUGUCUGUGCAUGGUGGUUUGUAGAACUUGGUUCUUCUUUGGGAAGGGGGGAAAGGCGGGGAAGGGUGGUUCGGCGCUGAGGGCUGGCUUCGAUAUGGGUGGGUAAUGAAUAGCCACCAGCUGCCCCAGUGCUUUGGGCGGACGAUUGAUGCUUUGUGUGGGAUUUUUGCGUCUUUGCUCUCGUGUCCUGUAAAGCGGAGAAGCUCCCAGACAUUCAUAGAAUAAGUGUCAGUGCAAUGUGCUGCCACAACCUUGCCGAUUAAAACAGGAAAGAAAGAGUCAGAAGGGAAUGGGGUGUGUGGAGGAGGAGGAGAGAGGAGGUGGUGCACAGGUGAAAUGGAUGUUCGUUAUAAUCGGUGCGCACUGCGCAUAGAUGGUGUCCAUCCUUUAAGAUGCUGCCUGAUAUUCUGAGGUCUUCCUUCCGGGUUGUUUCUCCCUCUCCUAGCGUCCAGGAGAAUUUGGAAGAUGCCAUCCGAUUCCCUCUCCUACACAGUCUCACCUACAGCUGUGCACUUAAAUCCUGGAGUACAACCAUGGUGCCGCCCUACUGUCAUGGCGCGCCCUGACGCAGACAUGGUCAGGUUUUUCGUCUUCUUUCUUCUCUCAAGACAGGUGCCAGGUGGUGUAGAUUACACGUAAGCUCCUCCUCCCAUUGUAACGAUCCACAACACGUGCUUGGUGCCGCAUCCCCACUAUUUCUCCUCGUUAAACUCCGCUGAAUCUCUCCCCAUAAGCAGAGGGAGUUCGGCAAUGCUCAUAGGUGCUUACAUAGAGUGUCCGUACUGACUGCUCCAGAAAAAAACGGUAGUAGCGGAGAUAUUAGCAGUGGCAAAGAGUCUCCCUCUGCCUCGGUCGCAUUCCCUAGCUUUUCAGAUUUGCAUGUGUAUUCUUUGAUUCCGUCGUCCUGCAUGCGAGAAAGGUGUGGACGUUUGCUUGUGCGAAUGUGAGUGCGCUUCCUGUCGAUCGGUGUUCAUGCCUGCCGACGCGCUCUCGUCAGGAUAUUCACUGCUGAUGUGAAAGAUCUCCUGCCGUGUGACCUAUACCAGAAGUGCUAGCGGAAUGUAACACUUGCUGUCUCUAGGGAUAUGGCAUAUAAACUGCCUGCCGAAAGCCAAGCGUCGUCGUCUGUGUGGUGGCAGGAAGGGUGGCAGGAAGGGUUCAAUGUGGUGUAUAAAAGGCGAGGUUGGUUUGUACAGGCAGCAAGGCAGAAUACGAGGAAAGAAAAUCGGGAGCUGGCAACUUUUUUCUGUGAGGACUCUUUUCUCGCCCGUUUUAUCUCAUUCCAAUCCAAUGAACGCGUUCUUGACAAACAUAGAGAAGAUGUUUCUUCUGAUUUCAUGUUGUUUGUUGCUUUAAUGUGUGUUGACUUCCGUGCAGCAGCUAAGAGUCUGUUUACUUACGUCUUGCAUCCGUUUGCUGCCGUGUGUUCUGAGGACUCAGUUCUUUCCCAAGCACAUUUUUCCAUGUACGUGUAGAGCUCUCUGAUCUUGAUUUCAGUUCGACACAUGUCGAUACCAGCAUCGAUGGGGCUCCUCUGUCCCAUUUUCUGGACUGUAGAAGGAGCACGAAGAUUGCCUGUUCAGUGUUCAGACUCGUGUUUUCCUUUCACUUACAGGAGAGGCAACAGAAUAGUAUAGUAGGAGUGGUUGGAGACGAGAAGACGAGGAGCAGGUUUGUUGUAUGGUCCUUUCAGUGAUAGGAGAGGCAGUGUAAUGGGGCGAUUCGAGAGGAGAAAAUGAUGACGAGGCCAGCUUGCUAACUGGAAAAGGGGACGAGAGAAACAGUACGGCUGAUCGUUGGUGUUUCCUCUCGCUGUGACAUGAAAAUACGAUCUUCACACUUCAAAAACUGCCUUCUCACUGCCCACUUCUGUUUCCUGUUUUUCUGCGUCGCUUAUGCCUAAGGCACACCAUGCUCAGUGCUUGCUGAACAACUGGCCUAUUGAACGUUGUUUUCUUCUUUUUUUUAAUAACAGCCAAGUGCCAGGAACAUAUGCUUUGCGUUCUUGUCUUCUCCUUGCAAUUAGUAACGGUAUUAAGCCCUUUUGCCCUCCUGGUCUUGAUUUCUCCACCCCUCAAUUUGUACCCCAACGCUCAAGAUCUCUUCUCGUAGGCUGAUCAGUCAGUCAGACUGUCAGAGCUCAACAAAACAGUGUAUCUCCAUACGCAUUUUUUACCCCAACGCUUUAGAUGUC